AUGCAUAACCAAAAUAAACGGAUUAAUGCAACUUUAAAAAAAUGUAUAGAAAUGGAUAAUUUGUGUCAUCUCUAUAAUGCUGAAUUAAUGCAACAAAGAGAAAGGAUUGAGAAUUUAAAAAAAAAAUUGCAUUUAUAUAACAAAAAUAUAGAACAACAAGAGAGUAUUUUUAAUAAUUUUAUAAAAUAUACGGAUGGUUUUUUAAAUAACAUAAUAACCUUUUUAGAAAAUUUUAAUUAUUCAAAAAAUUUUAAUCUAUUCUCUAAUUGUGCAAGAUAUUGUCUUAUUGAUGAUGUGGAUGAAAUAAAGUUAAUAAACCAUUAUAAUAAAAUUAAUAAAAUAAAUUCAUGUAAAAGUAAAAAAAAAAAAUUUACAAAAUUAGUUAAUAGCAAAUAUAAAAAUAACAAUUUUAAUAGAACUAAUUUUUAUGUUGAAGAAAGCAAAGAUUUAAAAAAAAAAAAAAAAAAGAAAAUUAAAUACAGGGAUGAAUCAAAAAAGAAAUUUCUACAACAAAAUGAAAAUAUUUAUAAUCUUCAUCAGCCCUACGAUACUGUUGAAGUGAAAGAUUUAUAUAACAUUUAUAAAAAGAAACGUAUGAACCAUGAUUAUUAUUAUUAA